CGAACCGACCGUCGAUGGGUGAGUACGGAUGGGCCGUCGAGUCGCACGAUCGAUCGAUCCACAGGCGCCUCCGCGAUUUUUCUGCCGAGCAAUAGCAGUCCCGGUUAGCGUUGGAAACGUGCGAGGCGUAGACCCGUCUAGAACUUUUCCCCGAGCCAUCGCCACUGUAUAGUCGCGUCGCGGUUUCUCUUGGUGUAACUCAGCAGCGGACGAUCGAAGGUUGCGAAGAUAUAUCCAUUGCAGGAGCAGUUUUAGCAUAAUACAAAUUAUUUAACACAAAAGGGACUUUAAUACGCUGUGAAAAUGGUUAAGGAGACCACAUUUUAUGACGUUUUGGGCGUGAAACCUGGAUGUGCACAGGAAGACUUGAAGAAGGCCUAUAGGAAGCUAGCUUUGAAAUACCAUCCUGACAAGAAUCCUAAUGAAGGCGAUAAGUUUAAGCAAAUAUCUCAAGCGUACGAAGUGCUGUCAAAUCCUGAAAAGAAACGUAUUUACGAUCAAGGUGGCGAACAAGCUUUGAAAGAAGGUGGUAUGGGUAACAGUGGCUUCUCGUCACCUAUGGAUAUCUUCGACAUGUUCUUUGGCGGAGGAUUUGGGCGAAGUCGAAGAAGAGAUCGUAGAGGUCAAGAUGUCAUUCACCAACUAUCAGUCUCUCUGGAGGAACUGUACAAGGGAACUGUACGUAAACUCGCUCUGCAAAAGAAUGUUAUCUGCGAAAAGUGCGAAGGCGUUGGUGGAAAAAAGGGUUCUGUUGAACAAUGCGCUGUAUGUCAUGGCUCCGGGUUGCAAGUACAAAUCCAACAAUUAGGUCCGGGAAUGCUGCAACAUUUGCAAACCAUGUGUUCAGAUUGCAAGGGUCAAGGUGAACGUAUCAAUCCUCGUGAUCGUUGCAAGCAUUGCAACGGAAGAAAGACUAUUAGAGAUAGAAAAAUUCUUGAAGUUCAUGUCGAUCCUGGAAUGGUUGACGGCCAAAAGAUAACUUUCAAUGGUGAAGGCGAUCAAGAACCAGAUUAUGAACCCGGCGAUAUAGUUAUUCUACUUGAAGAAAAAGAACAUGAAGUAUUCAAGCGUUCAAGGAACGAUUUGAUAAUGAGAAUGCAAUUGGAGCUGGUGGAAGCGUUGUGUGGAUUCCAAAAAGUUAUCCGCACAUUGGACGGCAGAGAUCUUGUGAUAACCUCGCUGCCCGGUACCGUUACGAAACACGGUGACUUGAAGUGCAUCUUGAAUGAAGGCAUGCCGAUUUACAAGGAUCCGUUUACGCACGGCAGACUCAUAAUACAAUUCAUAGUCAAUUUCCCGAAAAGCAUUGACUCGUCGGUCAUCCCGACGUUGGAGCAAUGUCUGCCACCGAGAGAAAUAACUGUAAUUCCGAACGCUGCUGAAGAGUGCAUACUCACCGACUUGGAUCCUGAACAGGAAGCUAGGCGAAGGGACACAAGACAAGCAUAUGAGGAGGACGAGGGAGGCCCGUCGCGAGUCCAAUGUGCCACGCAUUAACUUGAUUACACUAACCCUGUAAUAAACAUAGCCAUUUCUUUCAUUUUUGUCCCAUUCGCUCGACUCCGUGUCAUGCUAAAGAAAGAAAUAAUAUAGCUGAAUAUAUAGGCGAACCGCUCAACGAGAUAGAAAGAAAAAAAAAGAAAGAUGAAGAUUCGGUUCCGAAUACGCGCAGGACUAUGAGAAUACUGCAGCUGUAGUGUCUCGAUGAUCCUUAUGCGAAGAUCUUGGAGGUAGAUGACCAUUGUCACAAAUGAUAAGAGUAGACAUCUAUUACUGUGCUGGAAGUAUAAUGAAAGUACAUUGUAAAUUCUUGGCGACGAGCAUCUCAAUGGCAUCCAUUAGUUUCGCUUAAAUAGAGGAUCAUUAAGAGCGUGUACUUAUCAUUACACACAGUGGUAAGGAAAUUUCAAUUUAUUUAACAAUCUAACUUAACACAAAAAAGAACAAACACUAUACAAUAUCGAUUAUGAAUAAUGGAAUUUGUUGUGUAUCUCGAACAUCGUGAUUAUUCUCUGCUAUUUGACCAAUUGUAUCGCCCCAAUAAUCAGCUAGCAACUCAACAGUGAUUAUUAUGUGGUUAAGCAUAGAUUUAAACUAUAUAUGUAUAUUUAGUUCAAAUUCGUGGGUUGUCUCUAUGUAUGUACACGAUUUUUUCUGGCUCUCCAGGUUGGUAGUAGCACUCGAUUUAUUAAAAAAUCUCAAGAUCCAAAAAUUGUUAUCUUUUACAGCAGUUUUUUAGAACUUGAAAAUUAUAAUAUCUCGAGAUGUGUCAGUCUCUACGUGAAAAACGAUAUGUUGGAUUAUAAAACGAUAAUAUGACGUUAUCGGUUAUAUUAGAGAUCUCAAAACUUCUCUUUACACAAAAUGGGACAUUAUUCCAUAUUCAUAUAGUAUUUAAUUUCUUUUCCAAGUCGCUUUUAUACUGGCGCGUGACGAUAAUGUACGGUUUUGUUUGCGAAUAAUGCAAAUAAAAUGGAGAAUCAGGUUCCUGUAUGUAUAUGGACGAUUGCGCGUAUUCGUAAGCAGCUCAGUGCAAUUCGUUGAAUAUCAAACGAUUCUUUUGCUUUCCACCUUUAUCGAUGUAUUGUACCCCCAAGUAAAAGCGAUAAUAGUGAAAUUAGAAAACUUUCGAAUUGAAAUUUAGUUAAAAUUAGGAAAUUUACGGAAGGAUCUUUUAAUAACUAUCGAUUAUUUUUGAGAACUUAGUUUCAUUUUACCGUAAUCCUAUAAUUAACGCGCAUGAACAAAUGCUAUAGUUGAUCCUUAGCUCUUGUACUAUAUUAAAUUAAUAUACUUUCGAUACAUUCACACAUUAUUUACUGUAUACGAGGUCGUGUACUCGUCCGCGGUUACUAUAUCGAAUUUUAAUAAAUAGCCUCCCAUAUGUC